AUGCCCAAUUUAUCACAUCAAUGGGAGAGCGUCUCGCUCAAGGAAGCCUAUGCCCGCAACCUGCCAGCGCAGGCCGAGCGACUCAAGCGGUUCAAGAGCGAGUUUGGCAGCACGGUGAUCGGCGAGGUGACCGUCGAGCAGGCGCUUGGCGGUAUGCGCGGUGUCACGGGCCUUGUGUGGGAGGGCUCCGUGCUGGACCCUGAAGAAGGCAUCAAGUUUAGAGGCCUCACUAUCGACGAGGUACGUGUGUCGCUGGGAGUGGCAGGUGAGCGGGAGCCGCAGCCCGAGGCGCUGUUCUGGCUGUUGCUCACGGGCCAGAUCCCCAACGAGGACCAGGUGGCGCAGCUGUCGCGCGAGCUGGCAGCGCGCGGGGAGCUACCGGGGCAUGUGGAGACGCUGCUGGACACUCUUCCACGUGACCUGCACCCUAUGGCGCAGCUGAGUAUAGCGGUUACUGCCCUGGAAGGGGAGUCGCACUUUGCGCGGGCGUACCUGGCUGGUGUUCCGCGCGGGGAGCUGUGGGAGCACACCUACGAGGACGCGCUGAACCUUAUUGCGAAGCUGCCUGCGAUCGCUGGGCGCAUCUACCACAAUGUGUUUGGCGGUGCGCAAGGCGCCCAAGGGCAAGGCACGCAAGGUGCGUUCGUGCUGGACCCGCAGGCGGACUACAGUGAGAACCUGUGCCGGGCGCUCGGGGUGCAGCCCGACGGGGAGACGGAGGACUUCCACAACCUGAUGAGGCUGUACCUGACCAUCCACGCGGACCACGAGGGCGGCAACGUCAGCGCACAUACGACGCACCUGGUGGGCAGCGCGCUGUCGUCGCCUUACCUGAGCUUCGCCGCCGGCCUGGACGGGCUUGCGGGUCCCCUGCACGGCCGCGCGAACCAGGAAGUGCUGGAGUGGCUGCUGGUGUUGAAGGGCGAGCUGGUGCGCGAGGGCAAGACCGUGACGGACCGCGAGGCCAUCCGCCAGUACCUGUGGAGAACACUAAACUCCGGGAAGGUAGUCCCUGGGUACGGCCACGCUGUGCUCAGGAAGACGGACCCCAGGUUCCUGGCACAGCGCGAGUUCGGGCGCACGCGGUUCCCGGGGGACGAGCUGUACCAGCUGGUCUCGACGGUCUACGAGGUGGCCCCGCAGGUGCUCAAGGAGCACGGCAAGACGCGCAACCCAUACCCUAACGUAGACGCGCACUCCGGGGUCCUGCUCACGCACUACGGACUAGACCAGCCCAGCUUCUACACAGUGUUGUUCGGCAUCUCGCGGUGCUUCGGGGUCAUGGCACAGCUCAUCACCGACCGCGCGCUGGGUGCGCCCAUCGAGAGGCCCAAGUCCCUGUCCACCGACAGGUACAUCGAGCUGGCCACCCGCCACCACAACAAGCUGUGA